UGCAGGCCCCUCCCACUAACCCGCAGUGCCUUCGACGCGCGAGGGUUCACGUCGGCUGCGUCGGUGCGCUCUUUAACAGCCUGAAAUGUAAACACACAUCCGCCGCUAACAUGGGGGGGCGCGCGCUGAUAAGAUGCAACGCCGACGCGUUCCUCUCCAGCCUGGCUGAGUUUUGCGCGGACUCAGCCUCCACCUGUUUCUCUGCCGGCGCGGACAAACUUUGCGUCCCCGUCGGCCUCGUCUGCCUCUCUGCGCUGCUUCUGCUGCUCUCCUGCUGCCUGCUCGUGUACCAGAGGUGCAGGGUUCGGAGAGAGGGUCCGGAUGAGACCGUCACUUGCCUGUACUGCCUCCUCGGCAGCCUGUGCAGCACAGGUGGAGCCUUUCUGUCCAGACAGCUGCACAUUCUGAUUUUAUUGGGUGCUGUUUCUGCUGCAACAGAUGCAGUCCACUCCAUUUCCUCCUGCUUCCUUUUGCUCCAGUGCUACAACUCAGAGGCAGAAAGGAGGCUGAGGAUGAGGAGGAGGCGGAGGAGGCAGCGCCAGCUCCUUGCAGUGUGUGUGCUGAUGGUGGUUGCAGGCGGUUUUCUAAAGUCCAGGGUCACCCAGCUCCCAGCAGACAGGCCUCCCAGCGGCAGGAGACUGCUGCACGAGAUCCUCGAAGACAACACUGAAAUCCUGGGUUACACACUCGGACUGCUGUCCUUCGUCAUCUCCUGUACCUCCAGGUUCCCGGCGCUUCGCAGAGCACACAGAGGACAGACGUUGACCCUGGCCGCCACUUCCUCUGGCCUGCUGUGCUCACUGGCUGGUGCCCUCUUCGCUGCUGCCAUACUCCUCUACGACACUCGCUUUGAGUUUCUUCUGGGGGUCAUGCCGUGGCUGCUGUCAGCAAUAUGCUGCGUUACCCUGGACCUUCUUAUUCUCGUCAUCCACUGGUGGAGGAGAGGAACCAGACAGCAGCUAACCACUCUGCCUCCAGACACCGAGAGCCUUCUACGCGCCUCACGCAUGCCAACUGAGGAUAAAGCCGUCAUGAAGAGUCUGAGUAAACAGAAAGUUCACUCAUCAGCACAGGCAAAGUCAAAAAACAUCCAAAAGGCGACUGAGAUGGGCCGUUACAUGGAUGUCAGUAUUCAGCCUGCAAGAAAAGAGGAGAUGGGAGACCAGCUUCUUACCGGGAAGGUGCGAGUGAUCAGAGUCAACAGUUUCUACUCCUCGGAUACUUCCUGUGAUUCUUCAGCAGUCAGCUCUGACCUGGAGUGGGACUUCGAAGAGACAAAUAUCAGGUGGUGUGAACCAGCAGCAAAGCAACCGUUUCCACCACAGGGGUGGCCAACAAAACCCAAACCUUUUAACUUCUGCAUCUGUGCCAUGUCUGGACUCAGUGAGAAAACUGUGUCUGGAGCGGAAGAGUGUGGGAGUGUCUCCUCUGCAGGCCGAGCAAAAUGAAAAAGAAAUGUCGCUCUCAGCUAGUGACGUGAUAACACUUCUGGUGCAUUAAUGUGUGGGGUAAUAAAAACUGCAAACACUGA